CAAGUUAGUUCAAAAUAAACACUCUAGUUCACAAGUCAAGUUUAAACAUACUCUCCGGUCUCCAGCUAGCGCUAAUCGUACGCAAGCUACGCUACACUCUCACAUUGAUAUUAUUAUCAAUAUCAGCAGCGGAACACCACCUUCUAGUGUUUCAUCCAAAUGUUAUGACGGCGAUGUGAUUCCGGUGAUUCGUAUAAAAAUUCUCAAGACGCGUAAAAAUUAUUUGCCGAAGAAUGCGAGACACGGAAAGUGCAGUUUAAAUAAUAUUUAUUGUCGUUUUCGGUUAAGUGCUAAAAAGUGCUAGAGGUUGAGGAAAUGAACAGUUUGGUGUAAAUCAUUCGAAAUGUAUUAUUUAUUUGGGUUUCUGGUAUGCUUAGCAAUAAAAGAAGUUGUACCACAAACCGUCAAAACCACCUACGUCUGUCCUACAGGCUUCCGAUCAAUAGGAAGAAAAUGCUAUUACUUCGGAAAGCAGCAAGUGAUAUGGACGGAUUCUCAUUUCUACUGUGGGUUACUCAACAGCACACUUGUGAUAUUUCGUAACUAUAGAGAGCAGAACAUGUUAAAAGGAUUCGUCACACAAGAUAACCACACUACUUUAGAUAUUUCAGAAAGAUGGAUAGACGGAAUCUACGACUGGAAAACACAACAUUGGAAGUGGGGAGCGAACGCUAAACCCAUUCGAGAUAAUCCAUUUACGAAACGAAAUACAGGUGAAAAUUUUAGAUGGAACUGUCUUGCACUUAGCGGUGCUUUCAAUAAUAGGUGGUUGGCAAGGAGAUGUACGGAGAAAAAGGGUUUCAUAUGUGAAACGGAUACAAAUAUCAUAGUAGAAUUUAAGCUUUACAACAGACAGAAGAAAAAGUUUAACAUUACUAGAUGUACUAGCCAAAAAUCAUUAAAUGAUUAUGAAAAAAGAAGAUGCAGGCGAUUGCUGGGAAGGACUGAAAAUGAACCCUCGCCAUUAAUACUGAAAAACCAUACAGCUCGAUCAACUCCGAAGAAAAGAAAUUUUGAUGGUUGGAUUUGUUCCCCCCAUAUGAUAAAUUUAGGAAGUCGUUGCUAUACAUUUAGCACAAGAGAAACCACUUGGACUGAUGCCCAUUUUGAAUGUAGGAGAAAUGGCACCAAAUUGGCAAUAAUUAGAAACAAAGCUCAAGAUCAUAACUUAAGAAUGUUCUUGAAUAAUUUUAUUGCUACUUCCAAUGGAAGUUUUCCAAAUUUAAACAAAGAGCGUCAUGACAGAUGGAUCGGAGGUAUCUAUGAUUGGAAAACUACAAAGUGGAGAUGGGCAAUGAAUGGCCAACCUCUUACGUAUAGAGGGUUUAGUAGUAAAGUGAUGCACCAUAGAACUCCACAAGACUUGGCGUGGAACAGUAUAUUUAUGGAUCCAAAAAUAGAUAAUAUGUGGAAUGCUGCCAAACAAACCGAAAAGAAACGAUUUAUCUGCCAAGUUCAAGCCAAAGCAGUCAAGGAGUUUGUCCCGAGAAGAAAAAAACCAGCAGAUGCAACAAUAAAAAUUGUCAAAAAUCAUCCAAAUGCCAUAUAGAACGAAAAUAAUGCAGUUUUGACGCAUUCUAAAUCUAAACAUACGCCAUAUUGCAAUUUAAAUAUCGAAACAGUAUUGUUCUUAUAUUAGCGAACAAACGAUAUUAUUAAGCAUUGAUGUGUAAAAAAAGCUUCUAAUUGGAUUAGGUUAGAAUUUAACGCAUGAUGUUACUUUGUUUAAAUCUUUUUGAGUAUAUACUCUAUAUAAUAUACUGUUAGAACACUAUCCCUAGGCACCUCUAAUAAUUGUUGAAUUAAGUAGGUAUUUAAAAGUGCUCUCAAAUGAAAUUUAAUAAAAAAUUUUCCUCUUGGUAAAAGGUAUAUUAGUUUCAAAAGCCCUAAAAGGUUACAAACAUAUAAACAAAACGUUUUCGCUCUGUAACAAGAGCAUCAUCAGUGUUACAAGAACACGGUGAGCCAACCAAAAAAAUACAAGCUGCCACCUCUUAUAACAUAAUGACCUAGUUAGCUUUUGACCCACUUACCACGUGUGGGAGUCAUAUGUUGCCCUAGGACCGUAUCCUUAGGAAUUUUAUCCAUCUUUUGGAUUUUUCGAUGUAUUCAUUUAUAUAAGACUUUGGUCUCUUUUUUGAAAGGCUUUGACCUUGUAUUUUUUGGUUGGCUCACCAUGUUCUUGUAACACUGAUGAUGCUCUUGUUACAGAGCGAAAACGUUUUGUUUAUAUGUUUGUAACCCUUUAGGGCUUUUUAAACUAAUAUACCUUUUACCAAGAGGAAAUUUUUUUAUUAAAUUUCACUUGUAAUUAAUGGUAUACAGCCAAAUACAGGAAGUUCUUCCUUGUGGAUUACUCUCAAAUGAUCCUAUCCAUGUUUUCAUUCAAAUGAUAGUCAAAAUGCAGUAAUGGAUUGUUGUCCUGUUUUACUGUUAGUUCUAACUACACAUUUCAUGGUUAUGUACAGCUUAGCAGAAGUGGUGACUUGCACGUUUCACAAAAUUUAAAACAUUAUUUAAUGGAAUAAAAUAUAUGGAUAAAAAUAAAUACAAAAUUUAAAAAUGUUAAUGAAUAAAGUUCAUACGCUUCUUUAAAAGUAAUAAGCAGGGUGAAUACACGAAAAGACUGCUAAUAAUAAAGAAUAACUUCAUCAGCAGGAAGUUGGACAAACACUUGAAAAGCUAAAUAACGAAAAAGCUACAGGCCUACAGGUAAAUACGUAUUACAUAUUCCAAAUAUUUAAACGAAAACGAAUUAUUAAAAUAUUAUGGAGCAGCAAUGACCGACCAAUUAACAAAAUUAUAAAACACAAUAAAAUAACGUAAGAAUGGAGAAGAGCGGACUAAUUCUACAAUUCAAAAAAGGGGAUACCAGAAAACUACAGAAGUAUCAAUUUAUUAAAUACUACCCUAAAACUUACAACUAAAAUUUUAUAAAACCUAAUGAAUCAGAGGAUAAGUUUAGCAGAUGAACGAUAGGGUUCUCGUACUGAAAGAUCGUGUACAGAUGCAAUAUUCGUUAUAAAGCAAAUUACUGAGAAAUCAUUAGUGUAUAAUAGAGCAGCAUUUUUCUCUGUCUGAUUGAGUUGAAGAAAUCAUUUGACAGAGUAAGACUUAAAGAUGUAAUCCAUCUUCUGUAUAAUAGAGAAGUUCCCCUAGAUAUCAUAAAAACUAUUGAAAACAUCUACCAAAACAACAAAAUGGAGUCAGAAUAGAUGGACAACUUACAGAACCUAUAGACAUAGGCAGCGGAAUACAGAGAAAGAUCUGUAUUCCACUCUUCAAUUUAAUCAUGGAUGAAAUCAUCAAAAGCGUUAACAAAGGAGGAGGCUGCAGAACAAUAAACAAAGAAGUAAAAAUAGUCUCUUACGCAGACGACGCAUUAGUGUCGCCCAAGAUGACGAUAGUCGGCAAAUAUUAGUUCACAGAUUUAACAACAAGGCCAAAGGAAUUCAAUAGGACAAUUUCAUAUCAGAAAACUAAAAAAUAGUAAUCAGUAAAGAACUAAUCAGAUGCAAAAAAUAGAAAUUGAUAGCAUCAUAUUGAAUAAGUAAUGGAAAUAAAAUACCUUGGAAUUACACUGUCCAGCUACGGAGACAUGGACAAAGAAGUAAGAAAUCAAGUAGGUAAAAAAGCAAAUAUACUGGCAGGAUGUCUUAAUAACACUAUAUGGCGAAACCGACAUAUUAACACUGAGAUGAAGUCAAAAAUUUAUAAAGCCAGUAUAACACCAGUAAUAUAUAUUAUGCAUUAAAAACAAGACCGCAUACAACCACAACAUAAAGACUACUGGAAACAACAAAGAUGAGAGUACGGAGAAGAAUAAUUACAGGAAAUACCUACGCUGAGAAAUCGAAAGAGGAGUGAAGACAUUAAAAGAAAAUGUAACGUAUAAUGUAUUAAACGAAUGUACGCCAAAUAUAAAAAAGAAUGGCAUAAAUAACAUAAGCAGAAUGGGGGAGACGGGAGACUCGUGUGGUCAAAAUAGCAAGAGAUAAAUCACCAAUCGGUAGAAGAAAGAUGUAGUUACAACCUUUCAUGGAGGUAUCAAUACACCAAUGAACAAGAAGCAUGGCUUGUAAAAAGGGAGAAGAAGAACUUCAUCAGAAGAUAAUUAAAAAGAAUGGCACGACACUUGUUAAACAGUAAAAAACCGAUUAUAAUGGUAACCGUUGGAAUAUAAAAGAAAAUGGAUGGCGUAAUGGUUCAUUUAUAAUAAUGAAAAGGAAGAGAUAUUCCAAGUUCAUCCUGGAUAGAAAUCAUAAGAAUUUUAUAAAAUGUGGUGCCUACAAUUUUUUAUACAGCAUUAAAAUUAUAAGCUUAUUUAACACCUACAUUCAAAAAAGUCUUAUCUUUGAAAAUAAGUCAGACACAAAUAAAUAACAUAGUUUUUUAUCAGUGACAUUAGAUUCCGUAACAUUAUUUGUCAAUCAAAUUUAUGAAAUAUUUACAAACAUUUAACAAAUGUAACAGCAUGUGUGAUGAAAAAUGACCUAAUUUGAAUAAUUUAGAUAGUAACGAGUAACUGCAACUGCCACAAAUGUAGAUAUGUAACCAUACUUAUUUUUAUAUUUGUUGUGAAGUCGUAUUUUAGUGUACAGAUAUGUUUAACUAUUUAUUGUAAAAAUAAAAUAUAACUCUAA